CGACAACGACGAAGGGCCUUUGUUGCUACCAUGGCAAAUAAUGGCAGCCUGACGGCGAGUCCUUCACCCGAGGAAGCGCCCGACACUGACGACUCCAUCACUCGCGACCCUAGAAUCUCAGCCUCCUCCUCCUGGAAAUGUCACAUGGGCCUGGCCAGUGUCUUGCGUGUUGUCCCGGAGGAAGAUCUUGAAGCUGGGCAGCUUUGGGCCCCCCCGCAGAACUGUGAGAAUAUUGUGGUUCCGGAAGGAUUUCUAAAUAAUGAAAACAUCACUCCAUGUUUUCUUUACUUGCAUUGUGAUUCCAACGGUUCUGAAGAAAUUACGAGUCUUGGCAUUAUUAGCGAAGCACGAAACAUGGAAUUAUAUGUAGGAGAAGAAUAUUGUGCAACUGGUAGAGGAGAAAAAGUCCUUGCUAACCAAAAUGGCAGCAAAAAUGACCAGGUUACAUUAUACAAAAAAUAUCUAAAAUUGGAGUGCCCCACAACCCCUUGUAAAGCUAAGCUACUUUCCAUCAAAGGAAAAAAUAGAGUGCUCAUCAACAGAAUCUUAGUGCAAGUUUCUACAAAACCAUUGUCAGACUUUUCUACAUUAGAAUCGGGGAUUGCAAUCAGAGUGCAAGCUAUAAUGGAGUCUAUGGAAUCAAAAUUGUCACCUGGUGCUCAGCAGCUUCUGGAUAUGGUUCACCUUCAACAAAAGAAUGGUCUCUCUUUUGGAAGCAAGUUACAAAAUACCGUUGGGAGAACAGGAUUUGUGUUUAGAAACAAUCAUGCUAUAACUGGAUUGCAAAAGGCAUCUGAUCUUGGAAGACUAAACCACUUGCUGAGUGGUCCUUCUCUUAAACCUUGUGCAACAGCUGGAAAAGUUCCAGAAGAUUUAAAAACCUACAUACACAAACAAACACCUAGCACAGAUAAUGUUUUUCAACCUCCAUUGGUUCACACACCACAGCAUUAUGCUAUACUUUCUCAAAAUGACUUUAAAGGCUUGGUGUCAUCAUUUUUACAACAGCAAACAAAUGAAAACUCAAAUGCACCCAGUUCUACAUUUCUAUUUCCAUUUCUUCAAACUGUAUGUGGUCAAGUAAAUCGCUUGCGAACAGAUGAAAAAAAUGAAAACUAUGAGAACAAGUCUGCGUGUAUGUCUGAAGAUGACACAGCUCAAACUGUUGGAGUGGAACACCAGCCUAUUUGCCUCUACCUAGAAAAAAUAAUCUCCAGACAUAUGGAACUGAUGGAAAAGAGAUUAACAGACUAUAUUGAUCUGCGUGUGCAGAAACUUCAAGAACAGUUCGAUUCUAAAGUGGCUGCAAUAAUGGGUUUGAUUCAGAAUUCCAAAAACAUUACCCAAGAUCAUGAUCCUGUAGAAGAAGGAAACUCUAGUGGGAAUACAUAA